AUGGAGAGCUCAGUUUUUCCCAAGCUUCUUCUCCUGGCGCUCCUCCUGCUGCUUUUGGCUCCAGUGCAGCAACUCCAAGCACGAGAGCUCGGUGGUUCGACGCAAGAGCAGCACGUCGGCGGCUUGCCAUCGGUGUUAGUGUUACCAAGCGGCGGCGGCGACGACGGUGCGGUCGUCGUCUCUCCAAAGCUCAACGUGCUGCCCGGCGUGAGCAGGCCGGGAGGGCUCGCGCCGCCGGCGCCGAAGCCUGGUUACAGGCCGCAACCGGGGCACGAGCCAUCGCAUGACGUCGACUCGUCUCCCGGUGUGACCGGGAAUCACAAGCUCACGCCGCCGCCGCCCGCGGGAAACCCGCCGCCUCACUACCGCCGCCUGGGUCCGGCGGCGGACUUGCUCCGCGUGUUUCGGGACGCCCUCGCCCAUGUUACGUGGUUGCUGCCUGAACUGCUCAACAGAAGUCUGAAGACAUGA